AUGGAUAUUACACCUACAACAUCUGAAGAACGUGGACGUCCACCAAAGUCUUAUGAAGAUCUAUCAGAGAAAUCGAAAAAAAGAAAGAAUAUGGAAUUGGUACAAGAAUAUGGACUCGAGUAUAUACAUAAUGCAUACGUUCAAGGAUCGCGUUCGUUGUCGGUUUUUUGUCCCGCGACAAAAGGUUCGCGCUUGGUUCACGGCGCGCGAACGCGAACGCAACUACACUCGCAGUUUUUCGCAAUAACUGAGAAGACGUCGUCGGAAGUGGUUGUGGUUGUGCAUUAUUGCGUACUUAAUAGCGUUUUAUUUAAAAAAAAAAUGAGUCCUACAUGGAAUAAUGAACUUGAGUUAAAACUUAUUGAGUGCUAUCAAUCUGAACCAAUACUUUGGCAGUACAAACACAAGGAACAUAAAAAUAAAAAUAAGAUCCACGAUGCCUGGACGCGGAUAAGUGACAUUUCGAAUAUUCCUGUAGGUGAAUUGAAAAAAAGAGGGAUUCACUUAUGUCCAGUUAUAGAACCUAUAGAAAGAAAGUUAAGGAUUCCACACACAGUGGGGCAAGCUCAAGUGAAAUAUAUAAACCCAUCUGGUUUGCGUACGAAACUAUGGACUCGUUUCUGGGAGAAGGUGUUCAAUGUAAACGAACAA